CAGCAUCAGUGUAUUUCUGUGUUGUUUGUCUGUCGCUUCCCUUUCGUUCCUCGGAGAUUUCGUGUUGUCGAAGAAUCGGAGAUAUUGAGUGUUUAGAUUUCUUAUUCCACAUUCAUUACAACUGCGUGCAGUAUUAGCCGCGAAUAAAAAGGAUUUUGAGCUUUAUACCCUCUCGUUUUUGAUCCUGGACUUGUUCGAGUCCUUUGAAAAUAUCUGCCACAAUGUCCGACGCUCCUGAGAGCCCCGUUACCCAGCAACAAACUCCCCAGAAAAACUUCUACCAAAAUGGAGUCAGAACUACCGGCCGUGCCUUCCACUCUCCCAACUGGCGUAUGAAGGGUGAGGAGAGCCCCAGUGCGCAGAGUGCCGGUUCGCCGGGCCCCAAGACCAGCACCUCAAGGCUUGCUUUCAGCAGACCCAGCGCGCAUGUCCCGCAGGCCAUCUCUGAAGGUCGCCGUCUCUACGUGGGUAACAUGCCCUACACGGCCAAGUCAGAGGAUGUGCAAGCCCUCUUUACCGCUGCCGAGUUUUCAAUCGAGCGUAUUGAUAUCGCCAUUGAUCCCUUCACCGGCCGCAACCCCUCAUACUGCUUCGUUGAUCUAGAGACGAAGGAAUUGGCCGAGCGCGCAAUGGUCGAGCUCGAUGGCCGGGAUAUGCUCGGCCGUCCGGUCAAGAUCAAGCCGGGUGUUGUGAAGUCCGCUAGCGAGCGGGCUCAGCAGCAGCAGCAGCAGCAGCAACAGCAACAGCGCGUGGACGGCUCUCCUCGUGAUGUGAGAAGCUCGCCCUUCAGUGCUGACCGGUGGCGCCGUGGCGAUGAGGCUCCCUCCUCUCCCGCCAGACCUGUCAACAACGAUGCCAGCCGCCGUCUCUACGUUGGUGGCCUCCCCAAGUUGACCGAUCAAGACGCUCUCAACAUCAACAUCCGCAAUUUUUUCAAGGGAUACAAUGUCGAGAAUGUCAGCAAGCAGUUCGCCCCUCACCCCGCCAAGCGAUUCGAGCCCGGUGACCACUACUACCUCUUUGUCGACUUCGACAGCGUUGAGGAGGCCGAGAACGCCAUGAGCGCGCUGCACCGCCAGGAAGGUCCUUGGGGCUCCAUGCUGCGGGUCCAGAGAGCUCGUGGAGAGACCAACUCCCAGGAGAGACGUCCCAAGUGGCCCUCUAGCCGGGAUGAUGGAGCAGUCCCUGCUCUUGGGGAUGCUAAUGCCGUUACCGAGGUGGCAGUUGGCGUAUAGUUGUGCUGCUAUACGGCUGAUCCCUUCUCACGACACGAAAAAAGUUUCUGCAUACCACCUCAAAAGCCAAAAGUACAUGCUUGACGUUAUUUACGAAACAUAAAAAGGGAGGGGGUGUUGUUCCACCCCGAUAUUCUCCCGCAAGAGAUUCAUGACCUUUAUUCUCUGCCUCGUUCUACGUCUGGCCCUCCCACCUAUGGCUAGGGAAGCCGAUCACAAGAAAAUAAUAAGCAGCCACCAGCGCUGGGGCAAAAGCCGUGCUUUCCCCCACAUUCCCACCGGGUCCUGUUGAAGCCGAUCCGUAUGCAAGUUGGGGAUUGGUUGGAUCUUAAUUUUUGAGGCUCUUCCAUCCAUGUGCAGAUCUGAGGCACAGAACAGGCACCAAAAUUCUAAAAAGGGGAAGGCUUCCUUCCAAAAUUAAUGACAAUAGAGUCGACCAAAAAGGAUUUAUUUUAGGGCUGAGCUUAGAUUAAUCUGAACAAGAAGACUUACC